UAUUACUCUCUGCUAGGCUUCAACAAUUCACCACCGUCACACUUCCACUUCAAGGCAAUCCGACAACAACCAACUGAUUGAGCAAGAACUGCACUUGAGCGCAAUCCGUCACUAUUCACUAGUGCCACUAGAACUAGUCCUUGUUUCAUUUCAUCAUUUCAUUUGGCCUGUUCUUCAUCAUGGAUCAAGAGUCAUCAUCACAGCAUCCAAAAGGGCAUCAAAGGACGCGGUCUGCUGUCAAAGCCACGCGCCCGCGCUCCUCCACCAAGGGCCCCCUUGAUGUUGAUGACACCCCUCUGGCAUCUCUUCUCCUGCCUCCUCAACAACAGACCAAUCAGAAAACAUCAUCGUCACACGCGGAGCAACAACAUCAAAUGAUUUCCGGCGGACACGGACAUCAACCCAGGGCUCCGGUCCCCGGCUCUCCGCUUCUCCCCCGCUCCCCAGCAGCCCACUCCCCCGCUCCGCCCCACUCCCGCCGUCAACCGCCACCCUUGUCCAUAUCCCCGGCCGGCCGGAGUCCCCGCAUGUCUUUCUCACCGGGCCCCGGUAGUGGCGCUGCCUCCGGACACGGGGCUCCACGCCCUCCACCCGACUUUUCCCACCUCCUCCGUCCUGACAUCUACCAUGAGCUGACCCCCCUCAACGUUCCGCCCCCUUUCCGCCAGUCUGCGAAACAACCCUCAGCCUCUACACCGAUCCCCGAUCUCCUUGCCGGUGGCCACUUUCGGGCCGCCGCUGUUGCUGCCGCCCAAGCACUCACCGGGGCCAACGGUGCUCCUGCUCCGGACCCGGUCGACCAUGCCCUCAUCCUUUCUCUGUUCUACGUCCGCUUGGCCUGCCUAACCCUCAUUGACGCCACCGCUCUCGCCACUCAAGAGGUCAAAGCUCUAGAGGAUCUAAAUGCAGCCUUUUACAUUGAUGAGACAGGUCACAACCUGAUUCCUUGGGAGCUACGUGUCUUGGCGGUCCGGUUGCAAGCUAUUAGCUUCGCCGACCAGAGACGUGCAGUCAUGAGCUACUACGACCUGGCCAGAGAGGCACGCUUGCGCUUGGCCGAGGCGGCAGCCAAGCACGACAACUCGGAGAAGCAGCUGUGGAGAGAAAGGCUAAACGAUCUAGGCGUUAGGGUCGCCGGCGUACUGGUCGAGAUGGAUGAUCUUAAGGGGGCAGUGGAACACUUGGCCUCGCUGAAGGAAAGUGAUAACGGGAGUGGUAAAAUGCAGAUGGCGAGGGCCUUGUUGUGGUUACAUCUGGGAGACGUUGACGCCGCGAGGAAGUGCGUGAAGCCCGAACAGAGCAGCGAAGGCCCUUCGGAUGACAUGACGGAGAGGAUUCUGAAUGCCUUGUGCGAUAUGGCCGAUGGAAAGUACUCUGAAGCAUUGAACCAGUGGGAAGAGUUGAGCAAGGUGUCGGAUGACGAGAUGGUUGGUGUAAACAGGGGGGUCUGUUUGCUCUACGUGGGAAGGUUGCAGGAGGGCAAAAAUCUGCUUGAGAGUUUGGUGGACUCCGGCCGGACCUCACAUACGCUUCUCUUCAACUUGACGACCAUGUACGAAUUAUGCACGGAGAGAUCCAGGACUUUGAAGGUCCAGCUGACGGAGAAGGUGGCUGCCCUGGAACCAACACCCUUUGGGUGGGAAAAGACCAACGUCGACUUUAAGUUGUGAAUCUGCGUCUUGUCGGUAUGUAGCCAUCCAUACGUCAACAACGAGGGAGAGGUUGAGCGGCAAGAAGAAAAAGUCACAAAAUUAAC